CACCUUGGAUCCUCUCACUAUCGUUCUUCAGCCUCCCUCGUCCUAUCCUGGUUACCUGGUUACCUGGUUACAACUUUCUUUUCUUCCCUCCCCUAACACCAUCUUUCUUUCUUUUCUUUCCUUUCACGCACCCACCGACUCCUAACACACUACCGGAAGAAGAAAAGGAUGUUGAACUCCGCCUCCACCGAUUCGUCUCGUUCCUCUUACUCCGGAAGCCCCGUCUCCCAACAAUCUCCGCAUCACCAUGUCUGGUUUCCGCCUGCCCCUCGUCGUCGACCAGAACACUACAAAAUCCCUCGCUACUAUUCCACGCCCGUGAGGGAGGACAUUCCGGAGUCGACCCCGCUGCAGAUGUACGGUCUGGAGCAGCGCGCCCCCUCGAUUUGCGAGAAGCCUAAGCUUCUCCGUCGUUUCUCCCACGCCCUCGACGACAUCGUCGAGGACAUCUCCCUCCAGAGCAGCAGCGAGAAGCUGCUCAGCAGACGGCGCCAAUCGUUCUUCGGCAUUGACGAGGAGGCCGUGAUGUCCAGCACCUCCAUCACCAGCCCAACAAUGGACUACUACCCGGUGCCGGCGCAUCCGCAACCGCCCAAAGCUCGACCCAUGUCGGUGUUUUCAACAGCAGAAGCCGCCCCGUCUCCAGGGCCAGUCCGGAGACUCAGCCGUCGAUUGAGCGUGAGCUUCUCGCGCAAGAAGAAGUUCAGACCGGGCCAGGCCGCCAGUAUCUCGCAGCCGAACCUGAUCGGCGCGUCGACGCAGAUCUAAUGGCUGCCAUCUCAACAUCUGUCUGCAUCGCCAUCAUCAUACCACCAUAAUCGCAUCAGAUGGCCAUGACCUUAAACCGAACAUCAUCAUCCUC